CGCUCGUUUAUUUCCGCCUCCUCUCGGCUGUCUAUGUUCUCAGUGCUCGGCUAUUUCCGCCCGCCUUCGGUUAUCUCCGGAGCCUCCCUGUUCCCGUUAGUGUCGGUGUCUCUCCGAGGAGCUCCCGCUAGAGCCGGUUCCGCCGCCCAGGACAUGCAGGCCAUUAAAUGUGUGGUGGUGGGAGACGGAGCUGUGGGGAAAACAUGUCUCCUGAUAAGUUAUACAACCAAUGCCUUCCCUGGAGAAUAUAUCCCAACUGUGUUCGAUAAUUAUUCGGCUAAUGUGAUGGUGGAUGGGAAACCCGUGAAUUUGGGACUGUGGGACACGGCCGGCCAAGAGGAUUAUGACCGACUGCGACCCCUCUCCUACCCUCAGACAGAUGUCUUCCUGAUCUGCUUCUCCUUAGUCAGCCCAGCUUCAUUUGAAAACGUUAGAGCAAAGUGGUACCCAGAAGUGCGGCAUCACUGUCCCAACACACCAAUUAUUUUGGUGGGUACAAAACUUGACCUAAGAGACGAUAAGGACACCAUUGAACGGCUCAGGGACAAGAGGCUUUCUCCAAUCACCUAUCCCCAAGGCUUGGCAAUGGCCCGUGAAAUAGGUUCCGUCAAAUAUUUGGAGUGCUCUGCUCUCACCCAACGUGGCCUGAAGACCGUGUUUGAUGAAGCAAUCAGAGCAGUCCUAUGUCCUCCACCUGUUAAGAGAAGUGGGAAGAAAUGCACUUUUUUCUGAAGACCAAAAAUUAAAAUCCUGGACACCGGAACUAGCUCUUACCAUCUCUUUCCAAAGAAGCAAGGCCUGCCAGAGGAGUGUGGAGGCCGGAUACUCGCAGAUGUUUUCCGUGGUUUAGUGUUUUGUGAAUGUACGGAGCAUGGGGGGGAGGGAAAUGGGCGACACAGCGAUCUCCGCACUGCGGAGCGACAACUUCUUUGCGCCAAAAGGACUACACUUUUGCAGAGAUAUGAUCGGAUUCAGAUUUGAUAGACCCCCUUUCUGAUGUGGCACAGUGAUAGAUUCCCUUUUCUCCGAGGAUGGUUUGCCACCUGAAAUUAACUGUUUAUUUAGCAAAAGGAGGUGGGUGGUCUGCAUGGCUCAGGGCGCAGUAAUAAUCGCUGCUCAUCUAAUAUUUCUAAUGCAUGGGGACACGUUCUUGUUCUGUGUUUUGACUACAAGAAAUCUGUGAAUUAUGUACUAAUUGUUUUGGAUAAAAAAUAUAUAUAUAUAAAAAUCUUUGUUGAAGUCCUGUCACAAAUGCCCGUCCUGACCAACUCAAAUAAUGGUUAUACAAAAGGCCAGAGAAUUACAGAGAUUGGACCACAAUAACCAGCCUAUGCCUUUUUAGAGAAUUAUGGGACAUGUGGUGUCAUAAACCAAGACAGUCCUGGUACAUCGGUCCUGAAGGGGUUAAAACUGCAGUUUAACGGAAAAUGGGAAAAGUUAUCUUUUUCUUGUUGAUCUCAAAUAAAAGACAGUACAGCUUU